UUUCUUUCCCCUUUUAAUUUGAUUCUACACACCCCUCUCUCUCUAGUCUCUUCUCGUCUUCUUCUCCAUCUCAGCCCCUUACCAACCCUCCUUUCAGUCAUCGCAGCAAACAGCGGCUGUGUUUCAACUUCAUUACUAGACGUAAGGUCAGCUGUUCCUCUUAGCUGGAUUCCUCAUUUGUGUUUUCAUUUUAUAGCCCUCUUUUUACUCUGCUUUCGCUCUCUUCUCUCUUCUUUGCAUCCUUCAAAAUCUUCCCCCGAAUCUGUAAACCAGAACAAAACAAAAGGGUUGAUCAACUAUUCAUCUACUCCGAAGUUCAAAUCCUCUUUAGAUUCGCAACUCUGCAAUACAAUUUUCCGCUGAAGUUAGUUACUAUCUCUUGUAUUGAUCGGAACACUGUGUACUACGGAGUUUUUUCACCUCUGCGGAAGAGAGAAAUGGGAUUGCCUUUGCAUUUAAGGUGGCGUUGGUAAUGGGGAUUCUGGGUUUCCCUCUAUCUGGAAGUUCUUGUAUAUUGUGUAAGGUGCCAUCUUUUCCAUUCUGGGUUCUUAUCAUGAUUGAAUCGCGUUCUUUUGCUGCUGUUCUUCCUAAACCCUAGCUUUUUUUUGUUUUUGUUUUGUUUCUGUUAAGCUUCAAGUUCACAUCUCUCUCUUUCCUUUCUGUAACUCCUUCUCAUCCCUUUCUUCUGAAAUUUCUUCCCGUGAUGGGUGUUGGAGAACUUAAAUUGCUUCUCUGGAUUUUGUCGGUACUGGCUUUGGUACUCUUCUCCACGGGAUUUGUACCUGUAGACAAGUACCUGAUAGAUUGCGGAUCACCCACCAACACGACGGUGAUGAGUCAUGUUUUCGUUGCUGAUAACUCCCAAUUCCUUAAGACCCAACGCAAUGUUAUGGCCAACACUGCGAACUCCAUAACUUCUACCAUCGCUUCAUCUCUGUAUCAAACAGCUCGAAUCUUUAAUGGAACAGCUUCUUACAACUUUCCAAUCCGCCAACAGGGAAGGCACUGGAUACGCCUCUACUUCUUCCCGUUUCAAUACCAAGAAUACAAUAUGAGUAUGGCAAUCUUCUCAGUUACCGCCCAAAAUUUUGUCCUCCUUGGUAAUUUCCAGCCACAGAACGGUUCAACGUUCAAGGAGUACUCGCUGCCUGUAACUUCAGAUAAUCUCGUUCUCUCCUUCACUCCUGCCAAGAAUUCCUUUGCCUUCUUAAAUGCCUUGGAAAUUGUUUCUGUCCCUGAUACACUGAUCACUGAUAAUGCCCAAACUGUUAAUCCUUUAGGGGGAUUUCAUGGUCUAUUGAAUGAAGCGUUGGAGACAGUUUGGAGGGUGAAUAUGGGUGGUCCACUGGUCACAACCCAGAAUGACACCCUUGGGAGAACUUGGGUUCCUGAUCAGAAAUUUCUAGUGAACCAAAAUCUUGCGCAGUCUGUAAUUGGGACUGUCAAUUAUGUGCAAGGUGCACCGACCAGUGAUAUUGCUCCUGAAUCUGUCUAUGGCACUGCUACGGAGAUGAGCACAUCAAAUGAAACGAAUGCCAAUUACAAUUUGACAUGGAAGUUCAACGUGGAUGCUAGCUUUCAGCAUCUGAUUCGAUUUCACUUCUGUGAUAUCGUGAGUACGUCUCUCCACGAGCUCUACUUCAAUGUUUAUGUUAAUAGCUGGGCUGUUGCUCGAGAUAUUGAUCUUGGUACUAUAACAGUCAAUACCUUGGCUGUUCCCUAUUAUAUGGACUUUGUUCUGGGUUCAAGUAAUAGAACCAUACUCUCUGUAAGUGUUGGGCCGUCUACUGAUCUUCCUGAUGCUAUUCCGAAUGCCAUUCUAAAUGGGCUGGAGAUCAUGAAAAUGAGCGACUCUGUGGGCAGCCUUGAUGGUGAGGCCUUUAUCUCCCCCAAUGGUUCAAAGAAGAAGGUCGGUUUGAUUGUGGGUCUGGUUCUUGGGGUGUUUUCUGUGGUGUUCUUAGUUACCAUCCUCUUCUUCAUACUGCACAGAAGACGACGACUGGCACAUGAUUAUCCUUCAAAAUCAUGGGUCUCCGUGAAUGGAGGGAAUACUGACAGCAUGGUUAGUAAAUUCUCCAAUGGAACUAUAACUAGUGCCACCUCAGAACUUGGUUUCCGCUUUCCUUUUGUCGCACUGCAGGAGGCCACAAACAACUUUGAUGAGAGCUGGGUUGUGGGGGUUGGUGGUUUUGGGAAGGUAUACAAGGGAGUUCUGAAAGAUGGAACAAAGGUGGCAGUGAAAAGGGGUAAUCCCCUGUCCCAACAGGGCCUUGCGGAGUUCCAGACUGAAAUUGAAAUGUUAUCCCAGUUUCGCCACCGUCAUCUGGUCUCACUGAUUGGUUACUGUGAUGAGCGGAGAGAAAUGAUCCUAGUUUAUGAGUACAUGGAAAACGGGACCCUCAAGAAUCAUUUGUAUGGCCAAAAUCUUCCCAGCUUGAGUUGGAAACAGAGGCUCGAGAUAUGCAUUGGAUCAGCCAGAGGACUUCACUACCUUCAUACUGGUUCUGCGAAGGCAAUUAUCCACCGAGAUGUUAAGUCUGCCAACAUCUUACUUGAUGAGAAUCUCAUGGCUAAGGUUGCUGAUUUCGGGCUUUCAAAGACAGGUCCUGAGAUCGAUCAGACCCAUGUGAGCACUGCAGUUAAAGGAAGUUUUGGGUAUCUUGAUCCGGAGUAUUACAGAAGACAACAACUGACCGAGAAGUCGGAUGUAUACUCAUUCGGGGUUGUUUUGUUUGAAGUCUUUUGUGCAAGACCUGUAAUUGAUCCAUCCCUUCCAAGAGAGAUGGUUAACUUGGCUGAAUGGGCAAUGCAGUGGCAAAAGAGAGGAGAAUUAGAGCAAAUCAUAGAUCCUAAUCUUGCUGGUAAAAUUAGGCCCGAUUCUUUGAGGAAAUUUGCAGAGACAGCUGAAAAAUGCCUGGCUGAGUAUGGUGUUGACCGGCCCACAAUGGGGGAUGUGUUAUGGAAUCUAGAAUAUGCUCUUCAACUGCAGGAAACAAGCACUCAAAAUGAGAUCGACGAGAACAGUACCAAUCAGAUAGGUGAGCUCUCCCCACUGGUAAACUACAUCAGCAAUGAGGAGACUAGCCUUACUGCUGAGUAUUUGGAGUCGUCCCAUGCGAAUGAUACGUCGGGGGUCUCAAUGAGUAAGGUGUUCUCCCAGCUUGUGAAAGCUGAAGGCAGAUAGAGGAAAGAGGUUUUAUGCUACUGUAGAUAUUGGCCUUAUGUUUGUGAUAUCAAGUAGAACAUGAUGGAGCUCUAAGUGUUUCAAAUGACCAGCCUUUCCCACCAAAUAAAUGCUUCAAUAGUUUUGCCUUGUACAGGAUGUGGAGCCGCUUCAAAAGAGAUAUGAAGACCCUCUGAUGCAGAUGAAGCUUCCAUGAUCUCAGUGGUAAUCGUUUCAUUGCAUAUGAAUAAUUAUUGUUAAACUAGCUUUGUUUGUAGAGACGUCACAUGCAUUUGAGUUUCAUUCUUCUUAAUAUUUUGUGAAUCUAGGCAUUGUUGCUCAAUAUCAUUUUUAGCAAGGAUAUUAUUAUAAAUGAGUUAGAGUGAAUUGAAAUUUUUGUGUUCAACAAAA